AUGCGUGCAGCCGAAGAGAGUUCUUUUAUUGCUUCUACAGCAAGUGGUAAUGUGCCAGCUGUUGCAAGAAAUUAUCGGGCAGUGCCUGUUGCAACUAGUCCACGUGGUGAGUCACCACGUGCGACAGUGACAUCCGCUGCGGCUGCAGCGGAUGCUGCGACUCGCAAUGCGGAUGAGCCUGUAAUAAAGCUCAUUUCCUCUGGCGAGUCGGAUGAUGCAUCCGCCUCGAAGGCGGCGCCUCCCACCUCCGGAUCAUCCGGGGCGGACACUGCAAAAUCCAGGUUGACUGGCUCCGGUAAACGUGGCGGCAUCGUGUCCGAGAUCUUCGGAACGAGCGCUUCGUCUGACGAAUCCCCGUCUCACGCAAGUCCAUCUGACAAUAGGUCGCGUGCUGAUGGUGGUGACGCACCUAUGCGUCACCACAAGAGAACCAGCUUGAGGGAUCAAGUUGCUACUGUUGUCAGUGCUCAUGCUCACACCACACAAGAGACCAGGGACCGCAAUGUCCUGUGCCAUGCUCCUCAAGUGGAGUCUCCUCGGAUGCCAUCAUCCAAGGAGUCAUAUCGGCUGGCCGGUACUACCAUUGAACGGGACCGAAUCCCGUUGUUCGACUAUACGAGGAUCUGUUCUUCGAAUUUCAGCACGGAAACUAUUUGUACUGAGAAAGAAUUGUACACCGAUGCGUUUUUCAAACAUCGUUGA